AGGGCGGGGUUGGCUGAGGGGCGGCGGAGUUUCCUGUCCUUCCGAGUGAUGGGCUUGGCCGCAGAGGAGGGGCACCAGCAGCAUCUGCAGGCGGCAGUGGGGGGAACCGGUCCCGGGAGUUCCCGGAGGAUGCAGACGUGAGAGAGGCCGCCCAGUGCCCAGCCAUGACUGAGCGGAACAAGACCCUCAACAAAUGGAACGCAAGCUUCAGGAAGGGCACCGACUUCGACUCGUGGGGGCAGCUAGUGGAGGCCAUCGAUGAGUACCAAAUAUUGGCGAGGCAGUUACAGAAGGAAGCUCAAUCCCCAGCCAAUUCCUCAGAAUUCACAGAAGAUCACAAGAAAAUCGUUGGAAAAAUUGCAACAUGCCUAGAACUACGCAGCGCCGCCCUGCAGUCCACGCAAUCUCCAGAAGGGUUCAAGCUCGAAGAUCUAAAGAAACUAGAGCCAGUUCUUGGCAACCUUCUAACCUACAACAAAGAAUUUCCUUUUGAUGUCCAACCUGUUACUUUAAGGAGGAUUUUUGCACCAGGAGAUGAGGAGAACUUGGAAGUGGAGGAAGAGGAAGAAGAUGGAGGUGCUGGGGUGGGUUCUCCAGACUCCUUUCCAGCCCGUGUACCGGGAGCCAUUCAAGGAACUCUCCUGCCCAGACUACCAUCUGAGCCUGGGAUGGCUCUACUCACCAUACGAAUUGAAAAGAUUGGCUUGAAAGAUGCUGGCCAGUGUAUUGACCCAUACAUCACUGUCAGCGUGAAGGAUAUAAAUGGUAUAGACUUGACCCCGGUACAAGACACUCCCAUGGCCUCCCGGAAAGAAGACACAUAUGUUCAUUUUAAUGUGGAAAUUGAAAUUCAGAAACACAUUGAAAAAAUUACAAAAGGGGCAGCUAUUUUCUUUGAGUUCAAGCACUACAAGCCGAAGAAAAGGUUUACAAGCACAAAAUGUUUUGCCUUCAUGGAGUUGGACGAGAUCAAACCGGGACAGAUAGUAAUAGAACUCUACAAGAAGCCAACGGACUUUAAAAGGAAGAAACUGCAGCUGCUAACCAAGAAGCCUCUGUAUCUGCACUUACAUCAGACGUUGCAUAAAGACUGACCCCCUCCAGAGUCUUCCACCGACCCGCGCAGAAGACCCACGUCUCACCGCAGAGAACACCUCCCGGUCUGUGACACGGCCGGACCUGCUGCUGGAAGAGGAACUGACAAGCUGACAGCAAGACGGUUCCGCUGCAGUUCCUGAUUUUAUACCACAGUAGUAAAACCUGUGUAAUCACCCGAUCGGCUGUCUAACAAUUCCAGGAAGAUCGGCGUCCUCACAGACCAGCGCAUUGAAGAACUUUUUGUGACCGGUUCACUUCUGUAUAUAAUCGUCUAACACACAAUUUAUGACUAUAACGCUAAUUGGAUUUUCAUACCCACCAAGUCAAGUUCUGGAUGGAGGGCAGUGAAGUUAAUACAACCGUUUGCUCCAUCUGACCUGGAAGAAAAUGAAGGAUUUAAUAAUCUUCCAGGUCUGGUUAUGGAAUAAGAGGGCUUAUUUAUAAAUCAUGACUAAAAAAAAAAAAAAAAAAAUCUGCCCACAGCAAC